ACGUGAUCUUCCUACACAAUCGCCAUUUUGGGCUGCUUACUCAGCAUUCAUUGCUUUUCCUCUUCGUCCAUCCCUAAACAACUUAUGUCUGGUAUCUGUAGACCGCGCCUCGCCGAGGAGAGGAAGCAGUGGAGGAAAGACCAUCCGUUUGGAUUCUAUGCCAAGCCGUCGAAAGCGGCCGACGGCUCGAUGAACCUAAUGGAAUGGGAGGUAGGGAUUCCAGGCAAGGCAGAUACCCCUUGGGACGGCGGUCUUUAUAAACUGGUCAUGAUCUUCCCUGAAGACUAUCCGUCUAAACCUCCGAAAUGCAAAUUCUCACCACCCUUGUUCCAUCCUAACGUUUAUCCCUCUGGAACUGUCUGCCUUUCUAUCUUGGAUGAGGAGAAGUCAUGGAAGCCCGCUAUCACCAUCAAGCAGAUAUUGCUUGGAAUUCAAGAUCUACUCAAUGACCCUAACGUCAACGAUCCCGCCCAAAGUGAGGCAUAUACGAUGUUCAAGAACGACAAAGUUGCGUACGAGAAGCGCAUUCGACAACAGGCUCGAGAGAACAUCCCCAAGUAAUGUCUCAUUCUCGUUCGGUAGCUUUCCACAUCCUCCUUGUAUCUCAUCUGUUGAAUAUUCAUCCAUUUAAACCUGUAUGUGCUCUUUAUCAUACUGCACUGUAUCUGGACAAAGUUGCGAUGGAGACAAAUGGCCUCAUCCGUACUUCCUUUCGAACCCCAGUUCCGUAACUGCGCAACCCCCUUUUCAUUUCUUUCUCCGAACCAUGACGUCCAACACAACAUUCAUCAACGUCCAUACUCCCUCGUCGUCGUUUGCGAUCGUGCACUCGUUGACGCAAGAGAGUCUGCCUGAUCUUUUUGACAAGCUUAGUCGCAAGGCGGGUACUGGGUAUACUGGGGAGCGCAUCGGACAAGGGUGGCUCAAAUACGAGUUUGCGGACGCUGUCUGGAAUCUGGAUGACGACGCCGACUACACGAUCUUCAUAUGGCGCCAACAGCAGCGCCAGCAUUCCUCUUCCGAAGUCGCCUCGACUUCCACGGCAACUACAGACCAAGCAGAGGCGGGGCCGACUCUGCACUUGCACGACCCGACGGCACCUCUCCCCUCGCCGCCUGCAUACCUCAACCCAUCGUACUACGUCUUCCGUCCUUCCCGCGCGAGCCAUCCGUCCGGGACAGAGUCUGAGCGCUCUUCGCCCCGCCCUCGGAGCUCCAAGUCGCGCAAGAGCAAAGCGAGCAAACGCACCGUGCACGCGCCGCCGGCCGACGGCACGCCCGCGUUCAGGAAGGAGUUCGAGAAGUUCCACGGCGAGAACGGUGUGAGGACGGUCCUUGGAAGCAUAGGGCCCGUCAAAGACGUGCGGAUGCUACUUAAAGCGGGGUAUCGGCAUGUUUACAUCUCCCGCAAAUUCGCGGUGGAGCAUGGCUUCAUCCCUGCAGAUGCCGCUCCGGGGCAUUAUGGAUAUGGCGGAUUGGUGAACAUCGGAACUUGGCCGAUCACUUGGUGUCCUCCUCGCAGCCUUCGACGCAUCCAAACGCACCGCCUGCUCAUCAGGACUCUGGCCGCAACCCCAAUGGCAAGAAACACAAACCCACACUCGUCCAGGUGUAUCUUUCAGAGGAACCGCACUUCGAUGUCGUUCUCGGCCGAUCAUUCUGGGAAAAACGCCAAAUACAGAUAAGUUCCGUCGAUCCGACCGAUGUGGUCUGUUUGGAUACCGGUGAGAAA